GAUAGCGACGUGUUUACUGGAGGGUUAUAUUUAUUACAUUUGUAUCUGCGAGCCGCGAAGUUUAUCCUCAUGAGUCGAGUAUUGUGUCGGGGAGUAGUGUAUCUACGUCUGCGUACUGUGACUAUGGCUCGGAACGCCUCCUUCCUCAUCGAAGAUCCCAAAUACUCCUUCUUGAAGGAGUUGGGCCUGGAGAAGAAGAAUGUUGGAGUUUUCAACGGGAAAUGGCAGGCUAGUGGAGAGGUGAUCCAGUCAUAUAGUCCAGCGAAUGGCAAAAUAAUUGCGGAAGUGCAAGCCGCCAGUCCCUCGGACUAUGAGAGCUGCGCAGCCGCAGCUCAGGACGCGUGGCACACGUGGGCUGAGUUGCCCGCGCCCGCGAGGGGCGAGGUAGUCCGCCAGAUCGGGGACGCCUUGAGGGAGAAGCUGCAACCGUUGGGGCAACUCGUGUCUUUGGAGAUGGGUAAGAUCCUGCCGGAAGCCAUUGGCGAAGUGGUGGAAUAUAUCCACGUGUGCGACCUCGCCCUGGGCCUGUCCCGCACGCUGCCCGGGACGCUGCUCCCGUCGGAGCGCCCGGGACACGUGCUGAUCGAGAAAUGGAACCCCCUGGGCGUGGUCGGCAUCAUCACCGCCUUCAACUUCCCGGUCGCUGUAUUCGGCUGGAACAGCGCUAUUGCUAUGGUGUGCGGAGACACCAGCGUGUGGAAGCCUUCAGACACGACGCCCCUGGUGGCGGUGGCCGUCACGAAGAUCGUAGAGGGCGUCCUCAAGAAGAACGACAUUCCUGGCGCCGUCGCGGCGCUGUGCGUCGGCGGCAAGGACGUCGGCCGACAGCUGGUCAGGGACAAGAGGAUCAAGCUCGUCUCCUUUACUGGCAGCACUGCUGUGGGACAAGAGGUGGGAGUGGAAGUCCAGCGUCGCUUCGGGCGCCACCUGCUGGAGCUGGGCGGCAACAACGCCAUCAUCGUCAAUUCCGACGCCAACCUCGACUUGCUCCUCUCCGCCGCGUUAUUCGCCUGCGCUGGCACGGCCGGCCAGAGGUGUACCACUACUAGAAGACUGCUUAUACAUAAAAAGGUGUACAGCGAAGUGGUGACAAAGCUGAAGAAGGCUUUCGCGGGCGUGGUCAGCAAGAUCGGCGACCCUCUGCUGCCGGAGACCCUCAUCGGGCCGCUGCACUCGCCGGCCGCGCUGGAGGCCUACUCCCGGACAGUGGCCGCGGCGGUCAAGCAAGGAGGGAAGAUCGAGUUCGGUGGAAAGGUGAUCUCUCGCGAGGGCUACUUCGUGGAGCCCACCAUCAUCACGGGGCUCCCCCACGACUCCGCGCUCGUGAGGUCGGAGUGCUUCGCGCCCAUCGUGUACUGCCUCGAGGUCCCCGACCUCGACACCGGCAUCCGGUACAACAACGAGGUCGACCAGGGCCUCUCGUCUAGCCUCUUCACGGAGAACCUCGGAGAUAUCUUCAAGUGGAUCGGCCCUCACGGCUCGGACUGCGGCAUCGUGAACAUCAACAUCCCCACCAACGGCGCGGAGGUGGGCGGAGCCUUCGGCGGGGAGAAGGCCACGGGCGGAGGCCGAGAGUGCGGCUCAGACUCAUGGAAGGCGUACAUGAGAAGAUCCACUGUCACCAUCAACUAUUCUGGCACUAUUAAGUUAGCACAAAACAUCAAGUUUGGAGACGAAUAGUUUAUAUAUUGUAUAAUAUAUAUACAUUAUAUACAUUGAAGAAAUCUAUAAGGGUCUCGAAUCAAAUCAUUUAUUCAGAAGACCUUCACAGGCACUUUUUCUCGUAAAUUUUUAUAAUGAUUAUUUUAUAAUGAUAUUUUCGAUUAAUGCUUCAUGUAUCUGUGGAGCGGUUUAAAUCCAUGGCUUAUCUAUAAAUUAAACCUUAUAUGGAUAUUAAUAACGCGUUUACGUUAAUGUUCUUAAAAUGUUGAUAUUAUUAUUAUAUACCUCUUUUUUCAGUUUGUUAUGAAACACUGGUUUUAAAUGUUAUCGACAUGUAUGUUAAGCGUAAUUUUUAGGAUAAGGUAUAUUAUUAUGUGUAAAAAAUUGUUUUGACUGGUCACUGUGAAUCAUAAAUAAAACAUUUGAUUAUUAUAAA